CCGUCUAGCAGCUGGUUCCUCUCUUGCCGACUUAUAAGGGACACUUGACUGCAACGGAAGACAUCCCAGGUUUUGCUCGAGCGCACUCGCCGUCAUGAAGUCUUUCGCAGCCUUGCUCUCUGUUGUCACUCUCGCUCUCUCGGUACGCGGCCAGGCGGCUGUUUGGAGCCAAUGUGGCGGUACAGGUUGGACCGGGGAGACCACUUGCGUCGCCGGCUCGGUUUGUACCUCCCUCAGCUCAUCAUACUCUCAGUGCGUUCCGGGCACCGCAACGGUCAGCACUCCUGCAGCCCCCUCGGCGACAUCUUCCGGCCCCGCACCUCCAGCAUCCACGUGUGCACCCAACAGCCCGCCCGCGAGCGCCGGCAAGCUGAAAUUCGCUGGUGUCAACAUCUCCGGGUUCGACUUCGGAUGCAGCACGGACGGAACGUGUUCCGCUAGUGGGGCGUGGCCGCCAUUGACCAAGUACUACGGCAUGGAUGGCGCGGGCCAGAUGAAGCAUUUCGUCGAGAACGACGGCUACAAUGUCUUCCGCUUGCCCGUCGGGUGGCAGUUCCUGACCAACGGCGUUGCAACUGGUGACAUCGACGAGGUCAACUUCGCCGAGUACGAUGACCUCGUUCAGGCUUGCCUUGACGCUGGCGCGUCGUGCAUCGUUGAAGUCCACAACUACGCGCGGUUCAACGGCAAGAUCAUUGGUCAAGGAGGGCCCGCGAACGACCAGUUUGCAGCACUUUGGAGCAGCUUUGCCGCCAAGUAUGCUGACAACGACAAGAUCAUCUUCGGAAUCAUGAACGAGCCGCAUGACGUCCCUGACAUCAACCUCUGGGCAGAGAGCGUCCAGGCAGCGGUGACCGCCAUCCGCCAGGCUGGCGCGACUUCUCAGCUGAUCCUCCUCCCCGGCAACAACUGGACAUCCGCGGAGACCUUCGUCUCCAACGGCUCGGCCGACGCGCUCAACAAGGUCACGAACCCCGACGGCAGCAUCACCAACUUGAUCUUCGACGUGCACAAGUACCUCGAUUUCGACAACUCGGGUACGAACGCGGAGUGCACGACGAACAACAUCGACAACGCGUGGGGGCCGCUCGCGCAGUGGCUGCGCUGCAACGGCCGGCAGGCGUUCAACACCGAGACGGGCGGCGGGAACGUCGCGUCGUGCGAGACGUUCAUGUGCGAGCAGGUCGCGUUCCAGAAGGCGAACUCGGACGUGUUCUUGGGCUACGUCGGUUGGGCCGCGGGCAACUUCUACGAUGGCUACGUGCUGAGCGAGGUGCCAACCCAGAACGCGGACGGGAGCUGGACGGACCAGCCGCUUGUUGCGAAGUGCAUGGCGCCCAACGCUGCUCAGUGAGCCCAAAAUGCAUGUGCCGUGCGUUGGCAUGUCUAGUCACCCGAGGUGGGAGUGUGAAUGCAGUGUAUAUUAUCACUUGGAGUCUCGUGAACUUGAACAUCUGCCUUUCAUCCCC